GCGAGGCUGUUAAAACCUCGUAUGGGUAAAACCUGACUGGAAACUGAAACAAAACAGAACCAUGCAGUCUCCUGUGAAGGAUAUCCCCGUCAGACCGGGGUUUCACAGACUGGAGAUCCAGAAAACGACGUGGGACGUCCCGGAGAGGUAUACGACGCUGCGGUCCAUCGGCUCCGGAGCUUACGGGACCGUGUGUUCUGCCACUGACCAGAAGACCAAAGAGAAGGUGGCCAUAAAAAAGCUGUAUCGGCCCUUCCAGUCCCUCAUCCAUGCUAAGCGAGCUUACAGGGAACUCAGGCUGCUCCGCCACAUACGGCAUGAAAAUGUGAUCUGCCUCCUUGACGUCUUCACACCUGACUCCACGCUGGAGAAAUUCCAGACCUUUUAUAUGGUAAUGCCAUUUGUAGCUCAGGAUCUGGGCCACAUUAUGAAGAAGAGGCGGUUAACUGAUCGCGUCAUCUCAUAUCUGUUCUACCAGCUUCUCAGGGGUCUGAAGUAUAUUCACUCUGCAGGGAUCAUUCAUCGGGAUCUGAAGCCUGGUAAUCUUGCUGUGAGUGAGAACUGUGAAUUAAAGAUCCUGGAUUUUGGCCUGGCAAGACAGACAGAGAGUGAAAUGACUGGUUAUGUUGUGACACGCUGGUACAGAGCACCAGAGGUCAUAUUCAACUGGAUGCACUACAGUCAGACCGUGGAUGUGUGGUCGGCUGCCUGUAUCCUGGCUGAAAUGAUUACUGGCCAAGUGCUUUUCCCCGGACAUGACAGUAUUGAUCAGCUGAAGAGGAUCCUGCGUCUGACAGGAACACCAGACUCCUCCUUGGUGCAGAAGAUGCAGAGUAAAGAUGCACAAUCAUAUGUGCGAGGUCUCCCACCACAAAAGAAGAAAAUUUUUAGGGAAGUGUUUCAAUCCAUGGAUGACAAUGCUGUAGACCUGCUGGAGGGGAUGUUGCUGCUGGAUCCUGAGAUGAGGCUAACAGCUACACAGGGGCUGUCCCACCCCUUCCUGGCUGAAUAUCACGAUGCAGAGUACGAACCCGACUCUGACCCUUAUGACGACUCCUUCGAGAGCCUGGAGCUUGCUGUUGGAGAGUGGAAGAGUCUUAUCCACAUGGAGAUCAUGACCUUCGACCCGACAAUCCCAGUAAGACAGCUGUGUAGGACGCUGUGCUUGCUGACGCCACCCAGUGUUUGGUUAUAAUACGUGCACCUACUGGAUCUGUCAGCAGCUUUGAGAAACAAAUACAGAAUCAACUAUUUUCAAAGUGUGGUAUUGGUCCAUCAGAUUUGUAUUGCAAUUAAACGGCAUUUUACUGAAAGGCAGCUUUUCUUGGUUAGGUGAUCUGGAGAGGAUAAUAGAAAGCAGUGUUAUAAUUGUGAAAAGGUACAGUUUGUCAACACCUCAGAUCUGAUCAAAAUCACUGGAUUGUAAAGUGUUGUCUUCUCAUUUCAGUAAGAAUAAAACAUUCUGGCAAAAUAUCCUUAAAUCGAGGCCAACUUGCAAGCAUUUUUCAAAGCCUUUGUACCACAUCUCAAGGUUUUUCAUCAGCAGGACAUCUCACUGUUUUGACUGUGAAAUGUUUGACCUCCAUGGCUAUGAAAAAAAACUCGAUCAACCAUUAGUUAAGGGUCAAAGAUGAACUUUUACACUUUACAUAGGAUUUUUUUUUCAACCACUGCAUGACAUUUGGUAAAUGUGUUAAAAUGUCAGUAUCAAGCUCAAAAGUUUGGAAAGAAAAAAAAUCUCAGUUUCAUUUGAACGUAUUUUAAAAGGACUCAUGUCUGAUUUUGUAUGUUUCUGUGUAAUAGUUUGGUAAUAUAUAAUGGCUAUAUAGUACAGUUUGUCUUUUUUUUGUCUUCAUUUCAUCAUGAUCUUUAUGUCUGUUCUUUUUUUGUUACU